AUGUCGUUUGAUAGAGAAAAUCUCGAGAGCGUGCUCAAGCGCCGCUUCUUCUACGCCCCGGCGUUCGACCUUUACGGAGGUGUCUCUGGUCUUUACGACUACGGUCCGCCUGGAUGCGCGCUGCAGGCCAACAUCGUCGAUCUCUGGCGAAAGCACUUUGUGCUGGAGGAGGACAUGCUCGAGGUCGACUGCACGAUGCUGACGCCGUACGAGGUUCUCAAGACCUCUGGCCACGUUGACAAGUUCGCGGACUGGAUGUGUCGCGAUCCGGCUACGGGCGAGAUCUUUAGAGUCGAUCAUCUUGUCGAGGAAGUGCUCGAGAGCAGGCUCAAGGGUGAUAAGGAGGCCCGGGGUCUUGCGGCCGAGCCGGACAAGUCUGAGGAGAAGAAGCGGAAGAAGAAGGUUAAGGAGAUUAAGGCUGUCAAGCUCGACGACGAGACUGUUGCUGAGAUUGAGUCUGUCCUUGCCCAGAUCGAUGGAUACUCUGGACCCCAACUCGGCGAGCUGAUGAAGAAGUACAACAUCACCAACCCCGCCACCGGUGGCCCGCUCUCCGAGCCUCUGGAGUUCAACCUCAUGUUUGAGACCGCUAUCGGACCCUCUGGCCAGUUGAAGGGCUACCUCCGUCCCGAGACCGCUCAGGGCCAAUUCCUGAACUUCAACAAGCUGCUCGAGAGCAACAACCAAAAGAUGCCGUUUGCGUCUGCCUCGAUCGGAAAGUCGUUCCGUAACGAGAUUUCGCCGCGGUCGGGCUUGCUCCGCGUGCGCGAGUUCCUCAUGGCCGAGAUCGAGCACUUUGUCGACCCGCUCGACAAGUCUCACCCGCGCUUCGUCGAGGUCGCCGACACGAAGCUACGUCUUCUCAACAAGAACACCCAGCAGGAAGGCCGAACAGACAUCGACGAGAUGACGAUCGGCGAGGCGGUCAAGGCUGGCGUGGUCGACAACGAGACGCUCGGAUACUUUUUGGCGCGCAUAUACCUCUUCCUGAUCCGGAUCGGAAUCAAGCCCGACCGUCUCCGUUUCCGUCAGCACAUGUCGAACGAGAUGGCGCAUUACGCUGCUGACUGCUGGGAUGCCGAGUUGCAGACCUCGUACGGCUGGAUCGAAUGUGUUGGCUGCGCGGACCGCUCGGCUUACGAUUUGACUGUGCACUCGAACCGGACGAACGAGAAGCUUGUCGUGCGACAGACGCGCGAGACGCCGCUCGUGACGGAGGACUACGAGGUCGAGCUCGACAAGAAGAAGUUUGGCCCCAAGUUCAAGAAGGACGGCAAGAAGAUCGAGACUUAUCUCACUUCGCGGUCACAGGACGAGCUCGAGUCGCUUGCGGCCGAGCUCGACGAGAAGCUCAAGAUCACUGUUACGGUCGAGGGCGUUGACGCGCCGGUUGAGGUCGAGAAGGAAUUGAUCUCGAUCAGCAGGAAGAAGAAGCUCGACCACAUCCGCGAGUUCACGCCGAACGUCAUCGAGCCCUCGUUCGGUAUCGGCCGAAUCCUGUACUCGCUGAUGGAGCACUCGUUCUACAUCCGCCCUGGCUCCGAGUCGCGCGCGGUGCUCUCGUUCCCGCCGUUAGUUGCGCCGACGAAGGUCCUUCUGGUGCCGAUUUCGAACGACGAGAAAUUCGGCCCCUUCUUGCGCCAGAUCUCGGCCGCCCUCCGCCGCGUGGGCAUCUCGAGCAAAGUCGACGACAGCUCGGCCACGAUCGGAAGACGGUACGCGCGCAACGACGAGCUCGGCACGCCGUUUGGAAUCACGGUCGACUUUGACACGUUGGCGGAUAAGUCGAUCACGCUGCGCGAGCGCGACUCGACGAAGCAGGUCCGUGGGUCGAUUGAGGAGGUUGUCAAGGCUGUGCAGAGCAUGGUUGCUGUCGAGCCUGUUAGCUGGGAGGAGGGUACUGCUAACUUGACUCCUUUCACUUCUGAAGCCGAAGAGUAA